AUGGAGUUCAAGAACACUCAAGUUGAAGACUUUUGUGACGACUUCGGCAUCAAGCAUGAGUUUUCAUCAACUUACACUUCUCAACAAAAUGGAGUGGUGGAGAGGAAGAAUAAGACCUUGAUCACCCUUGCAAGAGCCAUGUUGGAUGACUAUGGCACAUCUCAAAGGUUUUGGGCGGAGGCCAUCAACACCGUAUGCCAUGCAUCCAACCCGGUGUAUCUCCACCACUUCUUGAAGAAGACACCCUAUGAGCUUCUCAUUGGGAGUAAGCCCAACAUCUCCUACUUCUGGGUCUUCAGUUGUGAUGAACCACUCCGUGAUGUAAUGAAGAAGAUGGCCAUUGGGCAGAUCAAGCCAAAGGAGGAGGACGAAGAGCUUCCCAUACCACCUAUUCAAGUUGAAGCCUCUUCCAAGGAUGACCCCAAGGUUGAAGAAACUACUCCAACACAUUCUCAUAUACACUAUGAGUCAUCCGAUGAAGAAGAUGGUGCUUCACAUCCUCCACAAGAUGCCCAACGUGAUCAAGAUGAAGAACAACUUCCAUUACAUGACACUCACAUCACAUUUCAACAAGCUCAAGCUCAAGCCGAAGAUGUUCAUCCACCGCAAGCUACGUCACCUCUACCACAAGAAAGGUUUGAAGACCCUAGAUAUCCUAAUCAUGUUUAUAGCUUGAACAAGACGCUCUACGGGCUCAAGCAAGCACCUCGGGAUUGGUAUGAACACCUUCGGGACUUCCUACUUGAGAAGGGCUUCAAGAUCGAGAGGGUGGAUACGACUCUUUUCACAAGAAUCAUCAACGAUGAGCUCUUCGUAUGUCAAAUCUAUGUUGAUGAUAUCAUAUUUGGUUCAACUAAACCCUCCUUGUGCAAGGAAUUUGGAGAUAUAAUGGCUAAGGAAUUCGAGAUGUCCAUGAUCGGUGAGCUCAACUUCUUCCUCAGCUUUCAAGUCAAGCAAUUGAAGGAAGGGACAUUCAUCCAUCAAGAGAAGUACACGAGGGACAUCCUCAAAAAUUCAAGAUGA